AUGGCAAGCUCGUUCCUCCUCACAAGGAAGACGAACCUUAUCCCUAUCAGGAAAUUGGAUUCUAUCCCUAAACCUAGAAAGUGUCUUGCUGUCCAAACCACACACCUCCUCAAAGGCAUGGAAACCCUAGUCUCUCGAGGGACAGAGACGGCAGUAUCCCCUUCAACGGCUUUGUCACUGGACGAUAACUUGGUCUCUAACUCACUUGGCCUCACCUCUGACAUUGCUCCAUGCUCCCUUCUAAACCCUCAAACCAAUCAAUUGAUUGACGGAGCAAGGGUAGCAAAUCACCCAAUGCAAUGCUUAAACUACUACCCUCAAAGACAAAAUUCUCAAGAUAUUAGUGCCAAUGAUGUACUGAUCAAAGGCAUAUCUAUUGUGAAUUCGGCUGGAUCAGAAGGUGGCCAAGCUGUGGCUUUGAGGACUGCAGGGGAUAACAUAGCGGUCUACCAAUGCUCUAUCAAAGGAUAUCAAGACACUUUACUUACUGCAUAUGGGCAACAAUUUUUUAGAGAGAGUGAGAUAUAUGGUACAGUAGAUUUCAUUUUUGGAGAUGCCAAUGUUGUUUUUCAAAAUUGCAUGAUUUAUGUGAGGAAACCAAUCCAUGGCCAAGUUAAUGUAAUAACAGCCCAAGGUCGAGGGGAGCCAAAGAAGACUGGAACACUGCUACACAACUGUUCUAUUAUUGCAGACAAGGAAUUAGAGCCCUAUACAAUGGAGGUCAAGACAUUCUUAGGAAGGCCUUGGUUGGACUAUUCUCAAACAAUAGUCAUGGACUGCUUUCUUGGUGACCUCAUUGACCCCGAAGGAUGGCUUAAGUUCAAUGGUGAUGUUGCCUUGUCUACAUUGCAUUAUGUGGAAUAUGGGAUCCGAGACCCUAGGGCAGAUACCAAAGGAAGGAUUACAUGGCCUGGUUACAACAUUGUCAACAACUCUAAUGAUGUCCAAGAAUACACUGUAAAUAGGUUCAUAAAUGGAACUAAUUGGCUCCCACAUAUGGGGGUUCCAUUUGUGCCACGUUUUAUAAAUUAG